AUGCGCUCCGCAGAGACGCGGCACAGACGCACAACGCACAUCUUUAUCCACAUGAAGCAGAAGCUACUGACCUGCGCCGAGCGUGGACGCCCUCAGCCGCCCUCAGCCGCCGCUGUGUCCUUCGCUGUCCUCCUGGAGCUCGGACGGAGGAGGAGAGAUGGAGGAGACGGAGGAGACGGAGCCCAGCGCUCGCCGCUCGCUGCUGCCUCUUCCCGACAGCACUGCUCUGUCACUGAGCCCCAUAUAACGCCAUUAUGUGGGUCACAGAUGAAGUAUUCAUCUCCAACUUUCUGCGCGGUUCUUCCAGUUCUUCAGACCAUCGUUCACCACAGACAGAGGGAGAGAGCCGCGGAGCCGCGGAGCCGCCACCUGCGGGCGCCACAUAAACACGGGAUCCAAGCUUCUUUGCAAAGUUACUUUUAG